AUGAAUUUGGGACGCGUGCAGGGAUUGAUCAUACUCACGAUCCAAGCUCGAUCACCGUCCUUAAUGCCACCGUCGUGCGAUGGGUCCACGUGUCAAUCAGUGAGUGGUUCGAAGGCAGCGAUGCUGUUCGUGGGAUUGUACCUUGUGGCUUUAGGAGUGGGAGGGAUAAAAGGGUCAUUACCUUCUCAUGGAGCAGAACAGUUCGAUGAAAGUACACCUAAAGGUCGGAAACAGAGGUCAACGUUUUUCAACUACUUCGUGUUCUGUCUUGCUUGUGGAGCACUCGUGGCCGUGACGUUCGUGGUUUGGUUGGAAGAUAACAAAGGAUGGGAAUGGGGUUUUGGUGUUUCUACCAUUGCCAUAUUCGUCUCAAUUCUCAUCUUUCUCUCAGGAUCAAGAUUUUACAGGAACAAGAUCCCAUGUGGAAGCCCUCUCACCACAAUCUUGAAGGUUCUUCUUGCGGCUUCAGUAAAGAGCUGCCCUAGUGGAAGCUCAAGCAAUGCGGUUGUGAAUUUGGCUAUAAGUCCCUCCAAUCAUUGUGUACCAAAGGGGAAAAAAGAAGUUGUUGAAUCAGAAGGAGAAAACGAAAAGCCGCGUCAUCAAGAAGUUGUUGUGCCUCCUCAGGCACAGCUAACCAACAGUUUGAGAUUCUUAAACAGAGCCGUAGUGGAGAAACCAGACCAUAGAUUGUUAGACUGCACGAUCCAACAAGUCGAGGAUGUUAAGAUUGUGCUCAAAAUGCUUCCGAUAUUCGCUUGCACCAUCAUGCUUAAUUGCUGCUUAGCUCAGCUCUCUACAUUCUCCGUCCAACAAGCUGCUUCAAUGAACACAAAGAUAGGUAACCUAAAGAUCCCUCCAGCUUCACUACCUGUCUUCCCCGUCGUGUUCAUCAUGAUCCUCGCGCCUAUCUACGACCAUCUCAUCAUCCCAUUCGCUAGAAAAACAACCAAAACCGAAACGGGAGUCACUCAUCUGCAAAGAAUCGGAGUAGGUUUAGUGCUUUCCAUAUUAGCAAUGGCGGUUGCUGCUUUAGUUGAGAUCAAACGUAAAGGAGUGGCGAAAGACAACGGCUUGCUUGACUCACACGAAACCUUACCAAUCACUUUCUUGUGGAUCGCGCUUCAGUAUCUCUUUCUAGGUUCAGCUGAUCUGUUCACCCUGGCUGGACUUCUAGAGUAUUUCUUCACGGAAGCACCUUCCUCUAUGAGAUCUCUAGCGACAUCGCUCUCGUGGGCAUCCUUGGCAAUGGGGUAUUACUUAAGCUCUGUGAUCGUUUCGAUAGUGAACAGCAUAACAGGGAGCUCAGGGAACACACCUUGGCUCAGAGGAGAGAGUAUAAAUCGUUAUAAGCUAGACUACUUCUACUGGCUAAUGUGUGUUCUAAGCGCAGCUAACUUCUUGCACUAUCUCUUCUGGGCAAUGCGUUACAAGUACAGAUCAACUGGUUCGAGAAGCUAA